AUGAAGCGAGAGACUGAACGCUCCGCGGAAAUUCUCCUGUCUGAGGCUUUGCUGAUCUUCUUUGUCAACAUUUUUUCGAAUCGUACAUUCAAUGGUUCUCUAGGUUUGCUGAUUUUUCAACUACAUGACAUCGCUCACACCUCUCUUUUUAACUUUCUUCACGUUGUCUCUUCUCUUCUCCAACGCAACCACCACCCAAUGUGGUGGAAGCUGUACAAACGUCGAUUCAUUAAUAAUUUUCCAUCGAAAGAUGAUUUUGAUUCUAAAGGAUAUGAAUCGAUCCAGAAUUCAAGUUUUCCAGUGACUAACUCCCAUAAUAAUGCAGCAGGCAGCGAAAUGAUCAAGGAUGUCUCAGAAGAGACUGAGAAGGAGGAGGAAAGGGUGUACUCUACGGAGUCUGAGAACCAACUUGAUGAUGAUGAGGAGAGAAAAGGUGAUACAAGUAGUUGCAUUGAUCAAUUGAAAGAAGAAGAAGAAGAAGAAGAAGAAGAAAAGGAGGAGAAAAUGGAUGGUGAGGGGACGAAUACAUUAGAAUAUCUCCCAUCGAAGCAAAGCCGUCGGGAACAACAGAGGGUGCCCAUACGUGAAGUACAGGUCCCCAUAGUUGACCAUGUAGACACAGUUGAGACAAAUACAAACACCCUCGAUGUAGACAACAAAGAGGCGAUUGUGUCAUCAGUUAAAACUAAGGAAACCAUUCCAAACGACAAGAGUGUGCCGACACCUACAGUGAAGGCUCCUAGAGUUGUUGUGCCUGGCCUCACGAGCACCCUUAUCGACAGCAUCUAA